CUGAAUUCUAACGAGGCAUGGCUUCUUCAUCCUACGGCUUUGGUGUCGUGUAUCUGGCGGUUCUGUUACCAUGUCUCUUAGUCCCUGCUUCGGCCACAAAGUAUAUCGACGCCAUAUGCCAUCUUGUUUCCGACAAAGCCUUCUGCACCAAAACCUUGAAUGCUUACCCUCCCGCGACUUCUGCCACCAGCACGUUCGAAGCGGCUGUGGCCACGCUUCACCUAGGAGUGUCUUAUGCCAAUAACGCUGCGGGUUUCGCCGGAGAAGCGGCAAAGGAAAAUCCGCAGUUGAAGGAGAAGUUUGAUGCAUGUCAACUUGAACUUGCGCUCAUUAGCAGGGGUCUCAAGAACGCUUCGGAGGAACUCUAUGAUGACACUGCGUACUUUGACGUCACGGAUUGUCUCGACAACAUAGCGACGAUGAAGAAUUUGGUCGGGAAAAAUACAGACAAGGCUUCGAAAACUAUCAUAACGAUGACAUUGAUGUUGGAGAAUUUUAUCUUUCUCGCCAUUGGAGCCACCUCAACUAUUGAUAUUAAAACAUAAGACUUUCUGAAGGAUAUACCAUAUGACAUUCUAGGAUCUGUUAAUAAACCUUCUGAUAAUUAUAAAAUAAUUAAAAAUUCAUGAAUCUCUAGUAUUCAUCUAUAUAUUUUUUCCAAAAUUCAUAAACAUUCUUUUCUUAUAAA